AUGACGUGCAAGUUAUUAUUUAUUUUUUCAUUAUUAUUUAUUUUUAUUUCAUUUACAAAUUGUAGCAAGAAUAAAACAAAAAUAAUAACGCCUGGUCCAAUUGAUGUAAGCCAAUUCGAAGAUAAACCAAUUGCAAUUGCUUAUGGAGAUGGUUUCGAUAAUGGCUUCGAAUUAAUUGAAGAGGGCUGCACAAAUUUAAAUAAAAGUGUUAAAGGAUAUAUACCUCUUUUAGUUUUAAGUGAACAUAAAUAUUUAGGAUCGCGUAUUAAUUCAAAUUCAGCAAGUUUAGCAAUAAUCAGUAAAAAAGGAGUAGAAGAGUUAUAUGUUCAAACAAAUUUAAAAAAAUUUAAUUAUAUUAUUGAUUCAUCCAUUUCAUAUGAUGAUUCUUUAAAUUAUUUUAUAUUUACAAGUUUUGGUGAAUUAAAUAUUUAUAAUAUUUCUUCAGAUAGUUACAAGAGUGUUCAAAUAUUUAGCAGUCUUUUUAAAUUUCAAGGUUCAUAUUAUGAUAUUACAUCAAAUGAUUAUUUUGCAUUUGGAACAUUACCAGGCCCAAAGGGUGCAUCUAGUCAACACUUUUUAUAUGCAGAUAUUUUAAAUGAGGACGAUUAUAAUACUUUUUCACUUGGUUUUGAAAUAUACGAACCAGUGAUAUCGGGUUAUGAAGGUAAUUUCAUUGUUUUUGCUGCCAAUCAAACAAAUUCAAACAAUAAACAACUUUUUUCAAUGGAUUCUAAAGGAAACAAUAUAGAAAUUUUGGCUAUUAGAGAUAACGGUUUUCAAUUAGUAAGAGGACUUAAUCCACGUUAUAUAGCCCUUACAAACCCAUCAUUACAAAUAAUAGAAUUAUUCGAUUUAAAAAAAGUAACAAGCAAAAUCUAUACAACUUAUUGUUCAAUCGAUGAUCCAACAAUCAAUUUUUCUUUAUUAACAUCCAUAAUUCCAAAAUUAGAAUAUUAG